GCCGCCUAGCCAUGCGAACAACUGCACAAAAGGGAAAAAUGACAUGCAAGAAUUGUAUGUAGAAACACAAACCCAUUUUCACCAUCGACGUUUUGCUGGCGCGUUUCAGAAAGUAUCACCCUUUAUGAUUUCCCCUGGGGUAGAAGUGGGCAUACGCUUAUGCAAACGUGUACAACGUACCUGUAGGGGGACUGCUCACACUGCCACAUUUUUCAAUUGGCCAAUUGCAACGUUUUUUCGUGCCUCGCCUGUUCAAUCCCCCUCCGACGUGCCGCAUGCAGCGCGUGUGCCUCAUUGAUGCAUGAAAAGGAGCCACGUACUUGCUUGGUACCCCCAUGUGUGACCGUGGCUACUCGUGCACCCCCUUAUGGUAAAGCCGCUCGAUUUAAACGCCUCAUCAUAUGACACAUCGAGUGAGUACAACGGAUUAUUUAUUGGAAAUAUAUUCAGUGAAAUUCAAGAUGAAAUAAAAAACGAACAUGUUAAUGAGAAGCUUGAAAAGCAAAAUAUUUCCGCACAGCUGGGUGCUGGAAAAGGAUGUUGUGGUGAGGGCGCCAAGGGAACUAGCCAUUUUGCUGCCACGGGGAAGAUUAAUAUAGACGAGUAUGUAAAUUUUGUAAGCGAGAAAAAAAAUGAAUACAAAAAAAAAAAAAAGGAAUACCUCAUUGAAUAUAUCAAUCAGGGGAAGAUAAGGAAGUUUCACUACGAAGACAUGGAAAUUUCAUUUAAAAGAUUUUACCGGUUUUUGGAUUUUCAAGAAAAGUGUUUAUUGUGCAGCACGUACUUGUCGUUCCCACACUUGUAUCUCAAGGCGCGCCGGGAAAGAGGAUGCAAAGAAGUUGCAGAGAAGUACCAGCACGAGGGCGGCAGUAGUGGAAGCAGUGGCAUCUGCGGCAGCAUUGGUAGUGCUAGCACGGCGAGUACCGUUAGUGAGUGUUUUCGCCCCCGCUCCCGUUACCGCGCUGCAGGCGCACCUUUUUGCGAGUGUCUAGAAACCAUUGGACGGUCGAAGCAGUACCGAAGCGAGGAAAAGGACGACUGCUACAUAGACAUGAUUCACCUGUUGCAGCAAAACGGUUUGUCCUUUUCGUCCAAUGUAAAAAAAAAUAUUGUUAUAAAGGAGUUUACCAAAAAUGCAAACUUCACAGAAUUUUAUAAGUGCAAUUAUUUUAAUGAAAAUUGUGCUGAUACUCUCCCUCUUAAAAAUGCUGAUGUGGCAGAUACAAAAUAUGUAAACAUAUGUAGAUACCUGGAGAAGCCCCGACUGACUAUUGAACACGUCAAGAUGUUAAACAGCCACACGGAAAAGUUUGCGCCCGUUUUUAAGGUUCACAAAGCCGGCACGCUCCUAACGACGGUCGAAAAGAAGCUUCUAAUCGAGUGCCUAAAAGUGAUCAGGAAGAUAUCUGUUUACGACAAAAUCGACAAGCUAACCGUCAUCAUUUUUUGUUACUUGAGCAAUUUGUACAACGUGGUGAUGCGCCUGAAUGCGGAGUGCAUUUUGAGUUGCUACUGCAGGAAGCAUUUCGAAUUCUUCCUAUACUAUUUCUUUCGAGAGAACCCCCCAUCCGCUAGACGGACGAAAGUGCUAGCCAUGAAAGUGUACAGGAGCGGCGAUGGGAGUGAUGGGAGUGAUGGGCGCGACGACCUCAGCGAGGAUCCCAAUUGCUAGCGAUUUUGUUUAGUUUCCACUUUUGUUUAUAAUUAAAACUUUCCUUUGCAUUUGCCUCGUUUAUUCGACGCAUUUAUUUACCCCUCUGCUUUGCGCUGCUCUUCUCCCUGCCCAUUAGUCAGGCUUCCACACAGUUUAUCCCCCCCCAAAAUAAGAAAAAUUACUUAAUUUAUAAUUCGAGCAUGCUGUCCUAUGUACAGCUUAACCUUUUUUAAGCAU